CCAAAAUGGAGCAACAGCUUCUUUUGAUCCGCCGUUUGUGAUUUCCAUAUAGAAAAAUAAAUGCAGUAUAAAGUAUACAUUAGGUUGUCCCACCUAUGAUUUGAUGUACAUUGCUGGAGUGUAGUGAACUGAGUUACACAACAGGAAGCUCCGACACGGAACAAGACGCAAAGAAGUCUGCUGUAUGAGCCCACGGAGGUCAUAACAAAGCAAAGGCUGGUUUCUGUCUCCACCUCCACAUCUCAAGUAUAUAAAUAUCAAGACAGACGAUUUUGUCUCAAGCCAGACGAUUUUGAGACAGCAAAGGAAGUCUAUCUUAACAAGUCAUUUCUCCAGAGGUAAUUUGUGUUCGCUGCUAUUUGACAGCCUUGUAACAUCAAACAGCAAUGGCAGAUGCAAGCUUUCAACAGGAGUUCCUGGAAUCUCACAACACCUACAGAGCUCAGCACAAUACACCGCCUCUGACUCUUAACAGCGAGCUUAAUGCGGCGGCUCAGAGAUGGGCGGAUCGCUUGCUGGCUUUGGGUGUUAUACGGCACAGCGGCAGCAGUGAUGGAGAGAAUAUUUAUUACAUGUGGAGUUCGGCACCCAUUAAACUAACAGGGAAAGAAGCGGUCGAUUCGUGGUAUGAUGAAGUCAAGCAUUACAACUGGAGCUACCCAGGAUUUAGUGGCAACACAGGUCAUUUUACUCAGCUUGUGUGGAAAACAAGCACCGAACUUGGAGUGGGGAUGGCCACAGAUGGCAACAAGGUUAUUGUUGUUGGACAGUAUCGACCAGCAGGCAACAUCAGCAUUAGCCAAUACUUCAGGGAAAAUGUCCUCCCACGAGCAUAAAGGAUUUGCAUUGUACAGAUGGCGGAGAAUCCAGUGGAGCACCCAGUGGAGCAGAAGAGCAACCAAGGAACACCUGUACACCGUUUUAAAAAACCUGGCGCAUCUUGCACUACUGCAGCUGUACAUAAAGUCAGCUCAAUCGGGAUUAUAACCUAAUGCUUGUACAACUUGGUAUAAAGACUUGUUUUUUGUUCAUAACAUGUAUUGAAAAUAUAAUUAGUAAAAUUACAGUAUGUCUACUCAUUGGAGUCCGAGAAAUAAAUCAGCUAGAACAAAC